CUUUCUUCCUUCUCCCUAUCUUGGCUCCCCCCCCUCGCUCGCGGCGGCGCGCCACCUCGAAGCGAUUCUUCUCCCGGAGUCCUCCUCCUCCUCUUCCUCGCCUCCACCAGACCGGCGAGGAGCGGAGAUUCGUCCGGACCUGCCUGCAUUCGUUUUGCUUUGCCGGCGACGAACCCUAGCCCCCUUGGAUUCUUCCGAGACCUCCUUUUCCCGAUCCUUUAUCAUCACCACACCAGCAGAUUCACAACUGUGGCACAGAUCAAGGAUAGUGCUCGUUCCGGUUUGCGCCUAGCAGGGCAAUAUACUGCAGGUUGUGUAGUGAAGCGAAGGUCAGCAUGCGGUUUGCAGUGACAAAAGUGUGUGCUAGUGGGGCGAAGGCUCGCGCUGGGUUGCUCCAGAUUGGAAGCAGCGGUGUUGAGACGCCAGCGCUGCUUUUGUCCACACGCAAGGGGCUGCCGGCAUUUAUGUCUCCUGACCUGCUUUCCUCCCUCCCCCUUCCAGACUCCCUCCUCCUCAAUGUCUGCCCAACCCACUUUAUAGAGGUCCCUUCAUCGAAAACAAUAUCUAAUAUUGGUGGUUUGCAUCGUAUGGUGGGUCUGCCUGAUCAUAUCCUUGUAGCCGCAGCGGGCGAGUCUACUGAGUGUUUACCAUCAAGUGACGCCACCAAUAAAUUUGGUGCAUCUUUUGAAACACCAGCGGGUCGUAAACUGGUCAAACCAUCAGACUAUAUGGAGUUGAUUUCCUGCAUGCAACCUAAUUUGUGGGCAAGCUUGGCAGAUGAGGUUCCAGCCUGGGUUAAUGAGAAACGGAACAAAACAUCUGUUGAGCGAACAUUACGCUGGCUUGACGCAUGUAUUGCAUUGGAUGCGGCUGCUGGGAAAAACAGUUUAGGUGUAGUUGUUGGGGGAUCCAGUAUAGAACAACGAAAACUGUGUGCCACUGAAGUAUCGAAGAGAAAUGUAUCAGGCUUUUGGAUUGGAGGGUUUGGCCUUGGAGAGAGUGUUGAAGAACGUUGCAGUUUACUCAAUGCAGUAACAGAUUGUUUGCCAUUGGAGAAACCUCGCAUUGUCUCUAGGCUUGGUCUUCCAGAGGAGGUCUUGGAGGGUGUAGCUUCUGGCAUAGACCUUUUUGAUUCCACAUACAUUUACCAACUUACUAUGGGUGGUUUUGCACUGAUCUUCCCCAUUGACAUGGUUGAAAGAGAGAUGCAGAAUGGUGUAUUCGACAGUAGUUCUGGGGAUUCUGCAAAGAUUAACCUGCGUGCAACAACAUAUCGGAAGGACACGUCACGGAUAGUCGAUGGCUGUGGCUGCUUCACGUGCCAGAAUCACACCCGUGCCUAUCUCAACCAUCUGAUCAACGUCCACGAGAUGCUGGCUCAGAUUCUACUGGAGAUACAUAACACCCAUCACUAUCUCCGGUUCUUCCGGUCGAUACGGGAGGCGAUCAAGGCUGGAGAAUUCGAUAUCUUCUGGAAGCAGUUUGUUGAAAACAGGCGCUCCCAGAUUGCUGCUGCUGCUGCUGCGCUGUAGAACUUAAUUCGUACAAGAUCUGUGCAAUUUGUGAUAAAAAAUUCUCAGUCAGGAGGUCUUUUAGGGUGGAGACUUCGACAGUUUGUUGUCAAGUUGCUCUGUCAGAGAAACUGAUAGGGUUAAGUGGAUACCCGCCAAAUCUGGGUUCUUUUUAUACUUGAUAACUGCGUUUUACGUAAGGUUUUCUGUUGGCUUGUACUCCCACUUUAUUGAUCUAAAACUUCCUAUAUUAGUUUA